UAUGGAAAAAUUCAGUGAACUUAUUUCCGCAAAAUUUUCUUCUGAAACAAAAGACGCUUAUCUAUGUGCUCGUGAUAAAGAAAUUGGCAAAUUGAACCCGUCUGGAUUGAUAUAUAACCGGUACUAUAACUCGCGAGAUCGGAAAGCAUUCCAGCCACCAGUUCAGAGGAAACGCAAACUGGAAAACCCCAACGACGAUCCAAGAACAAGUGAAGCUCAUCAACAUUUCAGUCAAGAAGAUUUAGUUAUCCUGAAGGAAGAUCAUGCCUGGUUGAUGAAUAAUAAUGUUCCCGUCGAAGAUGUUAAAGAGCGUUGGAGAAGAACAGUAAAGUUUCGUCUUGAUAGUAUCAAAGAUCUGCAGAACGAAAGAAAUAAGUUCCAGAAGCUUUUGGAGGUGUGGCCUCGGUUUAAGGAUAGCGAAGGAGCAGUUUAUCUGGACAUUGAUUACAAUGCUCUAACGGACGGAAAAGGAAACGGACUCUUAGUUGGUUGGCCCUCGUUUUCUGAAAAGUUUAUGGAAUACGUCACUGCUAAUGAACCACGGGAGAAAUCUUGCCUAGAAAUUAUUGAUAAACUGCAUCGGACGGACAUUUCAGUGUGCUCUCGUAAUUUUCUCAUCUAUAAAUUGUUCCCCGGUGUCAUCAAACCAAAACGUAUUGGUGGAAGAACCCUUCCUUCAAUUGCACAAGCGCAGUCGGAUUCUCUCAUACACUGUUUAACAGCAAGCGAUAUUGGUCCAACACUUGAAAAGCUGAAAGAGAAGAAAACUUGUUAUCAACCAAGUAUCAUCGUUGUCGGUGCUGAGGACGCUUGUAUCACCCAGUUUUAUGUGGUGAAGGACGACUUGUUCUGGAAGCCCUGCUCUUUUCUAAAAUGUAUUGAUAUUGUUGUGAAAAGCUGCAAGGUUUUCGAUCUUCAAUUUUCACCAUACAAUGAGCUUUUCUGGACGUUUGUUCGUGAUUUCUUCAUGCAAGAACGCCAUGUAAAAUAUUCUAAAACUAGUUCACUUGUGCAACUUCAGAAAGUUCUGAAAUCAUGAAUUGCUUCAUAUGUUCAGCAGUGUUUAAUCAAGCAUCCUCAAUUAUCCGGCAUCUAAAAAGAAUACAUGGCACCCCCAGCCAUUUCACAUUCAAAUGUGUUCAAUGUGAUCCCCAUUUGAGUUUCCAGAACGUGUAUAGCUACGGAAAGCAUAUAAAAAAUAAACAUGAGGUUGUCGAAGAAAAUCGUCACGAGCAAACGGUAGAGCAAAAUGCACCAAUUGAAAACAGCGUAAAUCUAGAUAACAGUAAUACAACUCAAGCAGAGUUUGAGGAUAAUCCGAUAGAAGCUAAGCCACGAGACAAUCUGAGUGAAGAAAUAAACAGAGUAAGAAAUUCGCUCUUUGAAUUUACAUUAGGAUUACAUAAUAAUAGCAGAACAACACGAAAAGAAGUCAUAAGCAUUCAGAAUGCCGUAACCUUGAAGGUGGUCCAACCUAUAUUGAAUAUUAUAUCAGAAGCUACUAUACCCUUCAUGACAGAUGCAACCAGAAAGAAAGAUCUGCAGUUAGUUGUACAGGAGUUGAGGCAACCAUUUUCUUUUAUUUCCUCCGAACAUCGCCUGUUCAAGCAGCUUAAUUCUCACGACCUGAUGAAACUACCAACAAUGUACACAAUAAAUGAAGAAUUGGUAGAGAUGGUUUUACAUGGUGAACCAACGAUAGAUCUUGAACAUGUACGAGGAUGUCUCAUGCCAAUUGAAUUUCAAAUUAAAAAGUAUUUUGAAAGUGGAUCCAAUUUCCAUAAGACAAUGGAAAACAUAAGGAGCAUAGAAAAAUCGAAUUCAAUUAAUAAUUUCAUAAAUGGUUCACUCUGGAGACAGGUCAAAGAAGUUCGUAAAAAUGAUAUUUUGAUUCCAUAUUUCCUGUAUUCGGACGAGGUUGAAAUUUGUGAUCCGUUGGGAUCGAAUGCUGGAACCCAUAAGAUAUGUGGGUUUUAUUACAAUUUUCCAACAAUUCCGUCGCAUCAUUUAUCACGGUUAGAAAAUAUUUUCGUAGCUGCAUUUGUAAACUCAAACGAUUUUUCCGAGUAUGGAGUUCAAAAAUCAGUGAAACCGAUUAUCGAAAUUUUUUGUAAGUUGGAAAAUGAUGGAAUUGAUCUAGAGGUAGAUGGAGACGUACAUCACGUGUUCUUUGUACUAGGAGCUAUUUUAGGAGACAAUUUAGGAAUUAACAUGCUUUUGGAUUUCACUACUUCGUUCAACUCAUUUUUUUAUUGCCGUUUUUG